UUUCCAAAUCCAACUUGCAAGGCUGAGAGAGAGAGAGUAGGAAUGAGCUCCAAUAAAACUCCGGUUGGGUUUAGGGUUUUGGGGCAGCGUUCACUUUCUUCAUCAUUUUCUUCUCGCUGUCAAAUCCCUGUCAAGGUCGCAGACGAUGAUGCGGAUAAGGUCUCACAUGGGUCGCUCUCGGACAUUUCAGAACAGAGGCUGAAGCACAAUUCUGGAACACCCAAGACAGUUAAGGUGAAGUCACGGCCAUUCUCGUCGUUAUUGGAUCUGAAAGAUCUAAGUGGGUCCACUGAUGAGCAAAUUGAGGCCAAGAAAGGAGGGGAAGCAGAGAAGAGUUCUGUAGCAUUGGCAUUUGAAAAAUUUAAGCACACUGAUAUAGGAAAAGGGCAAUCUAAAGUUUCACAAAUUGCUGGUGAAGUAGAAUGUCCUGACGAAGAUGAUUUACCAGAAUCAAGAAAAAGGAGACACCCUUGUAAAGAUGGGGAUGACAAACACACUGCGAGAAAGUAUUUUGCAGUUCUUGGAGGUGAUCAAAUACCCAAGCUAAAAAAGAGAAGGGCUGAGAGUCUCAUAAUCCAAGAGAAACCGGGACAUGUUUAUGAUCACUAUGAAAAUGGUUGUGGCUGGUGGGACUGCAAUAUGGAGGGUAUUGACAAUGAAGAAGUUGGUGUCAAUGAGGUGUGGGAAGGAGUGGGCUCAACCACAUUGGGAGGAAUAGAGUGGCAUUGAAUCAUUGAUCUUUACUAUAGAUUACCAGUAUUAUGUUCUUAGAGUAAAAGCUGUAGAUAUCUGUCUCUUUAGAUGUCGUGUAGUUUAAAAGUCACUUUAACAUGAAGAACUGUAUUUGGAAUGCUUAUCUUGAUUCAGAAUUUGGUUAACUUUUAUGUGACAAGA